AUGGCCCCAUGUCUGCAAUGGCUCCACCAUAUAUGCUUUGGGGUCUUUGUCUUCCCUUUAAUUGCCCGAGCACAAUUUCCUCCGCCUGUUGCCAAUGAUUCUCGGGUGACCCUGCCUUCGCCUGUCAAUCCAAAUGUCACAAUUAGUUACAAAAGCAUCCCUAUCGGCACUUGUACAACAGUCUUCUCAACUCAAAAACAAUUCGCUGGCUACAUCACACAGCCACCAAAUGUGUUAGAUCCCAGCCAAGGGAAUUACACCAUCAAUACCUUCUUCUGGUUUAUCGAAGCAAGACAGUUGCCUGAAUCAUCCCCUUUGACUGUAUUCAUCAAUGGCGGUCCGGGUUCAAGUAGCAUGGUCGGUCUCUUUCAGGAAGUCGGACCUUGUCAAGUCAUCGAAAUCUCAGAGGAUCAGCUGGGAACCAUUCCGCGAGAUUGGGGCUGGGACCGCAGCAGUAACAUUGUCUUCAUUGAUCAACCUGUCCAGGCUGGGUUCUCAUACGACUCCACCACCAAUGUAUCCCUCAAUCUAUUGGAUGAGACGCUGGUCACCCCGCCAACCACUCCACCGAUCACACAACCCCCUUAUACAUUUCUGAAUGGCACUUUUGGCUCUGGGAACUCAUCUUUCACUGCAAAUACUUCUCAGAUUGCGGCUCAAUCAAUAUGGCAUUUCGUGCAAACGUUUCUCGCUUCAUUUCCUCAAUAUAAUACGGCCCUCCGCACACAAAGCACCGGACAAACUGCAGAGAUACAUCUUUUCACAGAGAGCUACGGAGGCAAGUAUGGACCUGCGACGGGAUCAUUUUUCCAAGCCCAGAAUGCUCGACGACAAACGGACGUGGAAUUUGCCAACAGCACCAUUGAAGUCAGUCUCAAAUCAUUGGGUAUCAUAAAUGGUUGGAUCGAUUUAUUAACCCAGACUCCAUAUCAUCCAAAAUUCGCAUAUGAGAACACAUACGGCAUACAGGCAAUAUCUCAACUUCAAGAACUGAAUGCUCUCAGCGCCUACAACAGUGCGGACGGAUGCCAGCAGCGAACGGCAAAUUGUAGGGUGCAAGAGGCUGCUCUUGACCCUUUUGGGUCUGGAAAUGUGGAUGCGGUUAACGCUGCGUGUGCUGAAGCGCAGUUAUAUUGCCAACUCUACGUUGUUGGUGCUUACACUGUAUCAGGUCGAUCCGUUUACGACAUCUCCCAGGACAUGCUCGACCCAUUUCCUGAUUCUCUGUACCUCGAAUAUUUGAACCAAUUGUCGGUUCAAGAGGCUAUUGGGGUGCCAGUGAACUACACACAAGACUCUAUGGCUGUCUUCACGGCUUUCAACACCACGGGUGACUAUGCCCGCGACGGCGUGAUUCAAGAUCUCGUUGAUCUGCUCCACUCCGGUGUGAGGGUUGCGCUCAUUUACGGUGAUAGAGACUACGUUUGCAACUGGCUUGGAGGCGAAGCAGUUUCUUUUGCCAUUGCUGGUGCGGCGGGAUGGUCGUAUAUGCCUUGGUAUGCUGCAGGGUACGCCCCCAUCGUGGCCAAUAACUCAUACGUUGGUGGCGUGGUUCGAGAAUAUGGAAACCUCAGCUUCAGCCGCAUCUACGAUGCUGGCCACUUGGUACCUGCCUAUCAGCCGGAAACUGCAUUUACGGUCUUUUCGCGUAUCAUCGAAGGUACAGACAUCAGUAUGGGAACCCGGGUGGAUUCAUCGAACUAUGGAACUCUUGGAGAGAGCAAUGCUACGCAUCAGAAUAUUGCACCGCCAGUGGCCGACCCCACAUGCUUCCUCCGAGCGGUCAAUGCAACAUGCAACACCGACCAGAAGAACAUGCUCGCGAAUAGUGCCGGUGUCAUUGUUAACGGGGUCCUGUACGACCAAGCGACAGAUUGGCAAUCCCCUGACCCGAGGUUAGUGACGAUGGCGGGCGUACCAGGGACCGCGCCCAUGAGUAUGAUAACGAGUGCCCCAACAUCCGAAGAUACCACGGCUCCAGACACUUCAACUCUCCCAAGCACACGGCGCAGUCGUGAGACCCGAACAGGGAAUGGUGGUACUAAAACAGCAACAACGAAGGAGAAAACUACGACAAGUCUCCCCACCGGUGUUUAUACCGCAACAGGUGUCCCGCCGACGUCCAGCGGUAGCAAUGCCAGCACGACCAAUGCGGCGUCUUCGCAUACCAAGAACAGCCUUUUCGGCCCUGCUUCACUUUUCAAGGAUAGCCUGCCGAGGACAACAAUAUUUGUAUAUGUCUAUGUCCUGGGACUUUUGAGUCAUGGAUUUGUCGUGUGA